GCUCACUCUACCCACCAACUUCCGCACACAAUCUAAAGUUCACAAGAACUCUAGAUUAACACUCAUUUUCACGUUUUCAAAAGAAACGAAAAAGUUUUAAGUUUGUAACAAAGUCUAUUCACCCCCCCUCUAGACUUUGUAUCUCACCACUUAGGCACCACCAAUUGGUAUCGGAGCAUACUUCUCACUAUCUACUUUUAGAUUAACGAGAAGCGAUCAUAAUGGUGAAAAAUAUGGAUCACGGUUUGCCCAAGUUUUCUCUUCUAGAUUAUGAUGAUUGGAAGAUCAUGAUGAAAGCACAUCUCUACGCUCUACAUGAUUGCAUGUGGAUGGUGCUUGAGGAUGGACUAUUGAAAAUCCAAAUGGAGAACCCUGAGAGGAAUCCAGCUGCUCCAGAUGUAGUCCAGUAUAUUCCAAAGCCCAAGGAAAAAUGGGAUGAUAGAGAUUGCAAAAAGCACAAUCUGGACAAUGUCGCCAAAGCAGCCAUCUUCAAGACACUUGAUCCCAUCACCUUCUCCAAGAUUAAGCAUCUCAAGACUGCCAUGGAAAUUUGGCAAGGUCUUGGGAAGCUAUGUGAGGGAUCAGAGGACCUGAGAAAGCAGAAGAUAAAAGUCCUGCUUGAGAAGUUCAAAAGCUUCAAAAUGCUUCCCGGAGAAUCAUUUGAUAUGUUGGAUGAAAGAUUCCACAAGAUAUUGAAUGAUCUUGCUUCACUUAACCACAUUCUUUCUCCCAAAGAAAAGAAUGUAAGAACCUAUGAGCACGAGCUGAAGAAGAAGAAGGAAGAACAAGUCACUCCCUUCCCCACGACAUUGAUGACAACUUCAAGAAUCCCAUCAAGUGAAGGGACAUGCACAAGAAACUGUGACACACCUUCCUCCAGCCAGCCGUCAAGCUCAAAAAUGGAGAACUACGAUGAGGAAUUUGCCAUGAUGGUCAAACAAUUCCGGAAGUUCAAGAAGUUCUUCAAGAAAGCUGAUUCAAUCAGAAGGCCAUCCAAGGGAAAGCCACAGGUGGAGAAGUACGGAGAAAGAGAAAGGAUCGAGAAGAAAAAGAAAGCAAUGGUUGCUGCUGAGAGUGACGAGUCAUCCAGCUCAAGCUCGGAUGAAGAAGCCCUCGUCUGCAUGGAGCACAGAGUUGAGAAAUCCAACCAUGAGGAUAGGUGGACUAUGUCAGAAGAUGACAAUCUCUGCCUAAUGGCCAAAGAUGAUGCUGAUCAAGAGUUCAAAAAGAUGAUGAAAGACUUUGAGGAGAUAAAUCUCAAACACUCAUCCUUAACAGAAGAGAACAAACUAUUGAGUGAAGAGAAUCUCAAGUUGACUGAAAGUCGGAAAAGUCAACUGAAUGAGAUCACUCAACUCAAGACUGAAAAUGAAUCUCUCUCUGAAAAGGAAGCCGCUAAGUACCCUGGUGUCUGGUACUUAGACAGUGGCUGCUCAAGACACAUGACGGGUGAUGCGAGCCUUUUGAGCAAUCUAAUUCCCUAUGAUGGAGGAAGCAACGAUUUUGGUCUUACUAAAGGACUAGGAAUUCUUGUGUACAAGGGACUAACCAUCCAAGCUGUAUCUUAUGUUGAAGGACUCAAUUAUAACCUUCUUAGCAUAAGUCAGUUUUGUGAUAAAGGUUACUCCUUGGAAUUUUGCAAGGACAUGGCAUCUCUCAAGAACAUCUCCACAAAUGAAGUCAUUCUCACUGGGAAGAGAAUCAGAAACAUCUAUGAAGUGAUAUGGAACGAUGUCAAGGAAGCAUGUCUAAUUAGCAAAGGUAAGCAGAAAGCAGAAUGUGAUCCUGGCGGCAGAUGGGGCGAGAUUAUCGGGAUGGAUCAUGUGGUUGACAAGACAUCAAAGCAUGAUCAUGAGGUUCUGGAUCUAUCUGACAAGGAUGAAGAAAUCAAUGAAGGAGAUAGAAUGAAGCCUACGGAGUUCAUUCCAUUCAGAAGUCUACCACUGAAGACUUCACAGAGAAAUCCGGAUUCAAACAGUGCUGAGCCUACCGGAAAUCUUGGCCAGCCUUCCAAUAUUCCGGAUCACUCAAUUGGAGACAAUUCCGGAAAUGGCGACCCAGUGCCAAUUCAUCCGGAAACACCAACUUCUGUUCUUAAACCAGAAGCUGAACUAGAUCAACCAGUCAAUCCUAAUCAGCACAAUCUUCGUUGGUUAAGGGAUCAUCCUCCCCAACAAGUCAUUGGAGAUAUUCAAUCUGGCGUUCGCACAAGAAGUGCUCAGCAGAAUCUAGAAGCUAUGCUUGCUUUCCUUGAACUGGUCAUCGCAUGCCUCGAAUGUGGAAGUGGAGGACAUGCUGAUGACAUCACCCAAGAGAGGGCCUUCAUCAUCAAUGCCCUCAUUACCAAGUCUAAGGUAAAUUGGGCUGCUCAUUUCUUCAAUUCCAUCUCAAAGCAUCUGGGAAAACCCAACCAGAAAUACCUUUGUCAAGGUCUGUACAUUGGACAUAUCUUGGAGUCCUUGGGUGCUGCUUCUGAAGGAAAGAACUAUGAAGCCAGAUAUUGGCUAUACUAUCAGUCUUCCAAAGGGGAAAACAGAGCUGGUGCUAGCACAACUGCAGAGGAAAGUUCUUCAGACAAUGUCCUUAUCAUGAGUCUGAACAAGUCAGUAAAGAGGAAGCAAGUGGUGUCUCCCUCUCCCAGUGCUGAAGCUCCACAGAACCUUGCUCCAAUCAAUCUUGAAGAAGAAGAAGAAUUCUCUGACCAAGGAGAACUACAAAGCAAAAAGAAGAGGAAAAUCACCUCUCCCUCAAUAUCUGGAUAUGUCAAUCCGGAUGAGUUGAAGGAGAAGGAAACAACUGAGGAAACCUCAGCCCACAACCGGAGUCCUCAACAACUUGAAGAAGACAUUCCUCAAGUUCAGAAUUCUCCAACUUCCUCACAACCUCAAGUAGAUGAUGUUGAGAAUCAAUUCUGGCAGCUCUACUAUGACUGGAGAGCUUGGAAAGUUGGAAAUUCAGCAAAACAGUUGCUGAGUUGGGACCAGCAACUGAAGAAUGAGAAGAUCAUCAAGAAAUGCUUAGGUCUGCCAGUCAACUAUUGCUGUGAGCAAAUUCUGGAUGUUGACUGGGUAUGGCAAAGGAACUAUGAAGAUUUGCAUCUGGAACACUUGGUCACCUCACCAAUUUCAGAAUUUGAAGUGGAUGAUGAGGAUCCUGCAGUCUACAAACUAGUCCUCUCAAAAACCACAGAAGAUCAGGUGGUUCUCACUUCUGAAGCACAGGUUAACUUGGAAACGACAGCUGAGGAUUUCCAAAUAUUUCCGGAAACCUCAUCUGCCUUUGAAACUGUUCUACCUGAAGCUGCAGUCUCUACUCCACAAAAACAGAACCAGGAAGGAUCAAAUGAAGAACUCCAGCAAGCUUUAGAGAUUCUCACAAAUCCUUGUGAGAUCACCAAUCCUACUGAAACUGAGAUCCCGGAGAAGUCAGCAGAAAAUCUGGAGAUGUCCAAAACUCUAAAAACAAAUGAAGCUCAAGAAGAGCAAGUUGUAGAAGCCCAGAGAAGUUCUGCAAAAGCUGAGAAGGAAACUCAAAUGGCAGAACUGGAGGCCUCCAAAUCUCCAGUAGCCAUUUUUGAAACACAGAAUGAAGCUGAAGAAAGAGACUCCCUCUCUAGGGAUAUAUCAAAUUUUACACUUAGAGAAGCAGAAGAAGAAUCUGAAAGAACUCUGAAGAUCAAUGAUGAAGAAUAUGUACAAGAUGAUGCUGAAUCUCUUCCUAUGCAACUCUUCCAAAGAACACCCUCUUCUCAUCAGGUAACCAACUUCCAUUUCCAUAGCUCUUCCAUUCCUACUCUUCCGGAUGAGGUACCGGAAAUCUGGUCAAAGAAGGUCCAAGGGCUGAUUGAAUCAGCCCUAGCAUCUCAACAUGCCUCCUUUAGGCAAGAGAUAGAGCAGAUGGAAGCCAGGCACAACAAACUGAUUGAGAAAUCCGAAGAGACACAAUGCUCCAAUCUCAAGGAGAUAAGCAAAUCAGUGGAUAAAACUCUAGAGAUCUUAUCUCUAUUGAGUAACACUGUGAGCAAUACGAUGGAGACAUAUGCAUCUGACAGUUAUCUUCAACUCAAGGAGGUUAACAAAAUCAGAGAGCAAAUAGCAACUGUCACAGUCAGUCUACAAAAACAAAUGUCCAUUCUCCAAAUGGACAUCAGAGCAGCUCUAGCAGUGUCUUCAGCAAAUCAAGUAGUAACCAAAGACUACUUGAAGGUAAUUAUUGACAAUAAGAAGGAAGCACACAAACUAUUCAAACUUCUUACCACAAAUUCUGGAAAUCGCAAGAUGGAAGUGGUUCUUCAACAACACAGUCCAUCCUUGAUUCUAGAGCUCCCCAUUGCAGUCAAAGAAGGAGAAGUCUCUUACAUUCCUACGCAUCUAAACUUGACUGAUCUAGUCCUUGAAGCUCAGAGAAGCAAUCCGGAAAACUCAACACAGUGCUUAUCCUGCUCCGGAUUGGAUGGAACAGAGGCUGUAGGAACAAUUGCUGCUCACUUCUCAAAUGAAAAUCAAACAGAGGAGAGACGCAACAACAUAAGGCGCAUCAAAGAGCUAUGUGGAAGCAUGCAAGGCAUCAGGGAGAUUGCCGAAUCUUCAAAGCGCAAGAAGCACUGAAGGCUUUUUUCAUCAAACCAGGGGGAAAAACUUGUCAAGUCCUAGGUUGGAGCAUCUAUCUUUGGAGUAAAAUUCUGCACAGUUGGGUGCAAAUCUGUUUUGAAACAGUGAUUCUUGGUCCCCGGGUGUUGGUAUACUAUUAAAUUUCAAUUUUCUUAAGCCUUCUGUGUUUAUAUUUGAUCAUUUAUGAGAUGAAAAUUGAAAAAAUUCUGCACUUUUAAGGCUGAUUUUUGAGUACCAAUGGAAAAAUUCUGCACUUCUCAAUUUGAUUUUUGGGCUAUAAACUGAAAACAUGCACUUUGUAAGCUUGUUUUUUUGAGUGUAGAAUGAAAAUUCUACACUUUU